AAAAUUUGUGAUUGAAAUAUUUUUUUUCGUAAUAUAAUGUAUAAAUAUAUACAGUAUUACAAUAUUCAGUAAUAAUUUUGUUUUUUUUUUGAAAAGUGUUAUAUCAUUGGUAAAUACAAACUAAAUAUCACUAUUGGAUGUCUGCGCGAUAUACACAGGAGCACACCGUCAUCGUCAAUGAUAACAUAAACGAUAGUCACAAUCGCAUGGUUAGCAGCAGCUGUACUACACAUAAUGCCGGUGCCAUCAGUGAUGGUGAUGCUGCUGCUGCUGAACAUAGCUAUAUAAAUAAAACAGUUGCCAACUAUUUGCCAGAAUUACCGAAACAGUUGCUGGCCUUUGAUGACCGACUGGAGACGAAGGACAACCAGGAGGUCAAGUAUUGUCGCUGUGAUAACUGUGCCAUUAAUAACAGUCAGCCGUGUUUGUUGAAAAACAACAAUCAUAUCACUACUACUACUACUACUAAUAAUAAUAAUACCGUUGCUGUGAUCGAUGACGAUCAUAGUCGGACAUCUACAUUGACAUCCACAUCAUUAUCGGUAAAUCGGACGUUGUUUGCAAUGACUGAUCAAACAUCGCGCGUGCCGUACAAGAGUCUGAGUGGUGGCGGCGGCGACGGCAGCGGACAAUCAAAUGGACGCACAAACUAUGGUUUCAAUGUUGGACACAAUAAUAAUUAUAGUAUUAAUAAUAAUAAUAGCGCUGUAGUUGGCUAUUUGCCGGCCGGUCACGAUAGUCAGCUGCAGCUAACUGAUACUACCGGUGCUAUUGGUGACAAUCAUCAUCAGCACAGUUGGUCGUCCACCAACUCCUCCUCAUCCUUCGCCCGACACUGUCAUCCGACACAAAACGAUGACACAGAUACUAGAGAGGCAGUGUCAUCAGCCAACCGUAAACUGGUUAUCGGCUGUAUAUUGUGCGGACUAUUCAUGAUUGGCCAGUUUGUUGGCGGCUAUUUUGCCAACAGUUUAGCUAUAAUGACAGACGCUGCACAUGUAUUAUCAGAUUUAGUUAGUUUUGUGCUCAGUUUGUUUGCCAUAUGGCUCAGCCAGAAAAGGCCGACCAAACGCAUGUCGUUUGGCUUCUAUAGGGCUGAAGUGUUGGGCGCCGUUACCAGCAUUUUGAUGAUCUGGAUUAUUACCAUUGUGUUAGUCUAUUUAGCCGCCCAACGAAUACGACAUAACGACUACGAAAUAGAGGACACGGCUAUGUUGAUUGUGGCCGGUGUUAGUGUCGGUAUCAAUAUUCUCAUUGGUCUGGUAUUGUCCGAUGUAUUGACGUGCGGUAAACGGCCAAAACAUCGACACCUGGACAGUGAACAUCAGUCACAACAACAACAAACCGUACAGCAUAGUAGUCACACACAUAGCCAUAGCCAUGGGAUGGGUAGUCAUGGCCAUUCGCACGCCAACAUGAAUCUUAGAGCGGCUAUAAUUCACGUAAUAGGAGAUCUCAUACAAAGCAUUGGUGUACUAAUUGCUGCGCUUAUCAUACAUUUCAAACCCGAGUACAAGAUAGCCGAUCCGAUUUGUACAUUCAUUUUUAGCGCACUGGUUAUGCUGACCACCUAUGGUAUAAUGCGUGACGCACUGCUGGUGCUGAUGGAAGGCCUGCCCCAGCAUCUGGACUAUACGGCCAUCAAACAGGACUUAUUGGCCAUCGACGAUGUCCAGAGUGCACACAGUUUACACAUCUGGUCGCUGGCCGUAAGCCGUGUAGCAUUGGCCGUACAUUUGGCAGUCGAUGAACGCUCGGAUCCCGAAGUCGUACUGAGACGGGCCGAAAGUCUGAUACGCGACAAGUAUGGCAUACAACAGACCACUGUUCAGGUGGAGAGGUUUGACGCCCGACUAAUGAACAGUUGUGUCACUUGUAAGGGACCGUAAGAUAAAGACAAACAAACAAAAAUAGGCACUCAUUUGACAACAACAACAGCAACGACAACAAAAGCAGCACAUAUUUCAUAACAAAUAAUUAAAUCAAUUAUAUAUUUAUAGUAAAAAAAAUUUAAUAAUAAAUAAAA